CAGCCGCGAGGACUUCGAGACACGUAAACAUCAGCAGAUUUGUUUCCCAUAAUCUCACUCACUAACUCGUCCUUCGUACACUUUAAUUACAAAUUAGAAAUUGACUAAAGCGUCGACGCCAACCCACAUUAAGUUUAUUUGGAGGACGUGGUUGCACAAUACGGAACAAUUGUCAUUGCUGCUGAGGUGACUAAUGGAGGCAGGUCUCCCUUCGGCCUUUGAUGUGGUGGUAGUUGGGACGGGAUUGACGGAAUCGAUCGUGUCAGCUGCAGCGAGUCGUAAUGGUCACACCCUCCUUCACUUGGACCCUCGAGAAUUCUACGGCUCCUGCUCUGCCACCCUCAACUUUGACUCGUGGACAGCCCAAGAAUUUGCAAUCUCUCCACCCACGAUUUCCGAGGUUGAGGUUAGCUCUAACGGAGAUCAAUUGGAAUGGAAAAACUGUUGUCGAAACGUGGAGCAAGUUUGGUAUGAGAGUAGCGAUGGGGUGAAAAAAGAGUUUGAAGGGAAUAAGAGAAGAUUCAAUAUUGACGUAUUUCCCCAGAUAAUCUUGGCCCGUGAAGAGAUUAUUGAGCUGCUGAUCAAAUCUGAUGUUUCAAGAUACUUGGAAUUUCUUCGUGUUGGAAAGCUGUUUACCAAACUCCCAAAUGAGGACACGAUUGUAUCCAUACCACUCUCAAGAUCUGACAUAUUUACUUCAAAAUCCGUUUCGUUAGGAGAAAAACGGUGUCUAGUCAAGUUCAUCGAGGCUGUGAUGCAACAGAAUCAAUCCACGGAUGACUUGGAAAAUGAAAAUUCAAACGAGACACUUGAAACAUUGCCAGACAUUGCAGAUUCCAGCACAUUUGACGAACUGGCAAAUAUUUGUAAACUGACCCCAAAAGUAAAGCAUUUGAUCAGAAGUGUCGUGGAAAAUGUGGAAGACAAGUUUUCUUCAGAAGAAAGCUUUCAAACUGGAUUCGUGUCAAGAUGCAGAAAAUAUUUGCAAUCAAUUGGAAGAUUUGGGAAUCAAACACCUUAUCUUUGGCCGCUGUAUGGCGUCAGUGAAAUAUGUCAAGGAUUUUGUCGGUUGUCCGCAGUGUACGGUAGCAUUUUCAUUUUGAAGCGAUUUGUAAAUUCCAUAGAAGAAACUGGAGAAGGAACCCUUAAAAUCACGUCUGAAAAUGACCAAUUUGAAGCUAAGCAUCUGGUCAUUGGGCCGGAAUUUAAAUAUUUACAUAGUUCUGCAUCGUCGCCCUCGGAUAAUGCGAUAAAUGAGAAACCGAAAGUCGUUGGCCGUGGCGUAAUUGUGACCAAAGGAAAUAAUCUGAAAGCAGAAACUGAAUCAACAACCAAUAAAGGAGAUGGGAUAUGUUUCUACAAAAUUGGAAACAUUCAAAUUGUUGAAUUGAGUAACUCGAGUCAAGCUGUUCCAAAAAAUUAUCAUUUGCUUCAGAUAACGUUUGCUGUUGACGAAGAAUAUCCUGGAUCUCUUUCAGCGUCCCCUCGUGAAUAUAUUGAAUCGCAACUCCAGUCUUUUGUCAACUUUGAAAUGGUGAUGUCGUCUAGUUGCGAGAAUGACGAAUUAGGAAAUGGUUCAAACGACAUCAGACCACAAGCUAUCUAUGGAUCAUAUUUUUGGAUCGAUCUUUGGAAUGGACAAGAAAGUUCGCCCACUUCACGAAUUCAUAACUGUGCUGUUGAUUCAACUGAUUUGACCUCCCGAGUCAGCCGAGCUGCUAAUAUUUUCAGGUCAAUGUUUCCUGGAGAAGAAUUUUUGCCAAAGCCACCUCCACCCGAACAUGAUGAGAAUGACACUCCAGAAAUCGAUAUAGACAAUCUUCCGAAUCAUUUUGACAUACCCCCAAAACCCUGUGAUGAUGAUCCACUUCAACAACCAUCAGUGCCAGCGGAAUAAUAGAUUAUUAGUGUAUCAACCUUCUUCUUAAUUGUUACUUGCAUACAUUCGCACGCCUUUCUUCUUAUGAAUAAACCGAUAUAGACUACUUUUAUCUCUAUUCAAUUUUAA